CGACAAUGCGCAGUCGUUGACGCGUGUGCGGAGGGCGGCCGUCGGUAGUUGUACGCUCUUUGACAGGGAAUCAUGGCGCUUCACUACCCGGAGGCCAAGCGACUGGACAGUAUUGAUGACUAUCAUGGAUGCAAGAUUCCUGACCCAUAUAAAUGGCUUGAAGAUCCUGAUAGCGAAGAGACUAAGGCUUAUGUGGAAGCUCAGAAUAAAUUGACAUUGCCAUUUUUGGAAAAGUGUCCAGUAAGAGAGAAGUUCAAAGCAAGAAUGACAGAACUGUAUGAUUAUCCAAAAUAUAGCUGCCAUUUUCGAAAAGGAACAAGGUAUUUUCAUUUCUUCAACACUGGCUUACAGAAUCAAAGUGUAAUGUAUGUGCAGAAUUCACUGGAUGAUGACCCUCAGGUUUUCCUUGAUCCCAACAAAUUCUCAGAUGAUGGAACUGUGGCUUUGAGAGGUUAUGCAUUCACUGAAGAUGGUGAAUACUUUGCAUAUGGACUAAGUACAAGUGGAUCAGAUUGGGUAAUGAUUAAAUUCUUAAAAGUUGAUGGUGCUACAGAACUUUCAGAUAUUUUGGAACGAGUGAAAUUCAGCUGCAUGGCCUGGACCCAUGAUGCGAAGGGAAUAUUUUAUAACUGUUACUUGAAGCAAGAUGGAAAAAGCGAUGGUACUGAAACUUCUGUGAACCUCCACCAGAAAUUGUACUACCACAAGCUGGGAUUUCUACAGUCUGAAGAUAUAUUAUGUGCUGAAUUUCCAGACAAUCCAAAAUGGAUGGGUGGAGCUGAGGUAUCAGAUGAUGGGCAGUAUGUUCUCUUGUCUAUUCGAGAAGGUUGUGACCCAGUCAAUCGACUUUGGUACUGUGAUCUAAAAAAGUUGCCUGAUGGAAUUAAAGGAAUUCUGCCAUGGGUGAAGCUUGUGGAUAACUUCGAUGCAGAAUAUGAAUACAUCACAAAUGAAGGAACAAUAUUCACGUUCAAAACAAAUCUCAAUGCUCCGUGUUAUUGCUUAAUCAAUAUUGACUUCAGUGAUCCUGAUCCUUCGAAAUGGAAAACCUUGGUUCCAGAGCAUGAGAAAGAUGUACUUGAAUGGGCCGGAUGUGUCAAGACAAACUUUCUGGUUUUAUGCUACCUUCAUGAUGUGAAGCAUGUUCUGCAGCUCCAUGAUUUGGCUACAGGCACUCAUUUGAAGACAUUUCCUUUGGCUGUGGGCAGUAUUGUAGGGUACAGUGGACAGAAGAAGGACUCUGAAAUCUUCUAUCAAUUUACGAGUUUUUUGACUCCAAGUAUCAUUUAUCACUGUGAUCUCACUAAAGAUAACUUGGAACCAAGAAUUUUCAGAGAAGUGACAGUGAAGGGAUUUAAUCCGUCUGAUUACCAGACUGUUCAGAUCUUCUAUCCAAGCAAAGAUGGGACUCUAAUACCCAUGUUUAUUGUCCACAAAAAACAGAUAAAACUUGAUAAAUCUCACCCUGCUUUUCUUUAUGGAUACGGAGGCUUCAAUAUAUCACUUACACCAAGUUAUAGUGUUUCAAGGCUUAUUUUUGUGAGGCAUCUUGGUGGUGUUUUAGCUAUUGCUAAUAUCAGAGGAGGGGGAGAGUAUGGAGAAUCCUGGCAUAAAGGUGGUAUGCUGGAAAACAAGCAAAAUUGUUUUGAUGAUUUUCAAUGUGCUGCUGAAAUUCUUAUCAAGGAGGGCUACACUACUUCAAAGAAAUUGACCAUUAAUGGAGGCUCUAAUGGUGGUCUCUUAGUGGCAGCUUGUGUGAAUCAGCGACCUGAUCUCUUUGGCUGUGCCGUAGCACAGGUAGGAGUCAUGGAUAUGCUCAAAUUUCACAAGUUUACCAUUGGACAUGCCUGGACCACUGAUUUUGGCUGUUCAGAGUUCAAGGAGCAAUUUGACUACCUAAUCAGAUACUCACCACUUCACAAUAUUAAGAUGCCGGAAGGUGAAGGGGUUCAGUAUCCAGCAAUGUUGCUGAUGACUGCAGACCAUGAUGAUCGUGUAGUUCCUCUCCACUCUAUGAAAUUCAUAGCCACUCUGCAACAUGUUGUUGGUCAGAAUCCAAAUCAGGUUAACCCAUUGUUCAUCUAUGUUGAUACCAAGGCAGGACAUGGUGCGGGAAAACCAACAGCUAAAGUAAUUCAGGAAGUUUCCGAUAUGUAUGCUUUCAUUGCACAAACAUUACAGCUUGAAUGGAUCGAUUGAAAUAGACAUCAUUAUCUCAGCAUUUAAUUGGUAUUGGGAAAGUAAUCUCAAAACGUAGUCAAAUUUAAGACUAGAAUACAUUGAAGAAUGGGACUAUCAAAACAAAAUAGUGUGUGCUAUAGGGCUGAAUGGAAUUUCAGACCUCAGUAGUGUAAUUAGUAAAAUGGAAUGACUGAUAUCUUUUUUAAAAAAAAGUUGACACUUACAGGUGUUCUCAUCUCACCAUCAAGGUCACUGAGGGAUGGACAAUAAAAAGUGGUCUUUGCAAAAAUGCCUAUGUCUUUUGACAAGUUAGUGAUACAGUAACAUUUCAUUGGUUAUUUCUCCCCCACUAACAGAAAGUGUCAUUGUUAUAAUUGGAUUUAUUUUGUUAUUUGUGUUUUAACUUGUAUUAUUAACUAUCCACUGAGAAUUUAAAUCACUGGUCUUGCAAAAAUACACAAAUAUGGGUAGACUUGCGGUAAAUUUAUAAAUAAAAAUAAUUAUUUCAGUAAUUGUCCAUAUCAAUACACACUUUCUGCAAUUCUGGCUAACACUGAAACCAUACGGUUGCUAAUAAUUCAUUUAGAGUGGACAUUAGUUUGCAUCCAACAGAGUUUAAACAUGUAGAUGCUACAGUUAGAACUGUUAAGUCAAUUACAUAAUUAUUUAGGCAUAUUGACUAAAACCAGUUAUUUUUUUAUGUUGAAGAUACUUGCCAAAAAUAUCUGAUAACAUUUCACACUUAUUGAAAUUGGCUCUGUGGCUUUACAGGAUAUUCUGUCUGUUUGGCUGCAUAGAGCACCAUUUAGUCCCAAUUCAAAAAAAUGAAAGUUGGCACAAUAAAUAAAAUUUUAACUGUUGGCUUGACCUUUGAAAUGUAUUUGUUUUGUAUUAUUAGGUUUUUAUGUGUGUUUUAUGUUAGAGGGAGCCUGAUACAAUACAUCUGAAUUUUUCAGAACUCCAGUUCUAUCUUUCAGGUGUUGUGCAAUUUCACAAUGUGAUAGGAGAGAGAACAGUUUGAGAUUUUCUCUAAUGGUUUCAACACAUUUGGUAAAUCAUAAGCUACAUCCUGGUACAAUUAAGUUUUUCCCACACUAUAUUUUAUACGUGUAAGUAAUGUAAAGAAAAUAGAGCAUGAAUUAUGAAUUAUUUUCCUACCUCCCCUCUGAAGUAUGCUUCACAAAGUCUGAUACCAUGCAAAUAUCUUAAAGGUAUUUCCAUUUACAGAUCCCUUCAGUAGGUCAGAUGUUUUGUCUUGUAAUUUCAAUGUAUCUUAAUUGUAUUUGGCUGUUACAUUGCUAAAUAAUUUUUACCUCAUAAUUAGAGAAAAUGUGUCACUACAAGGUCAGAUCAAACAUGAAAAAUAAAAAGGA